GCCUAGGCGAUAUUGUGUUGACUUCCGGCUAGUCCGGCGGCAAACAAGAGGGUCACCAGCCCGCCAGCACGCCCAUGACGCCGAGCAAAGAGGAUUAAAGUGCCGCAGAGAUGGCAGGGGAGGCGGAGGAUGAGAUUCCUGAUUCGGGAGCAGUUUUCACAUUUGGCAAGAGUAAAUUUGCUGACAAUAUUCCCAGUAAAUUUUGGUUAAAAAACGAUAUCCCUUCCAAAAUAGCAUGCGGGGACGAACAUACCGCCCUAAUAACAGAAAAUGGGAAGCUCUUCAUGUUCGGCAGCAACAACUGGGGCCAACUUGGCCUGGGCUCCAAAGUGACUGUCAACAAGCCCACCUGUGUCAAAGCUCUCAAAUCCCAGAAGGUGCGUCUUGUAGCCUGUGGAAGAAAUCAUUCGCUCAUUUGCACAGUUCAGGGUAUUGUGUACGCUGCGGGCGGCAACAGCGAGGGUCAACUGGGGCUUGGCGACACCGAGGAGAGAACAUCCUUUCAGAGACUGGAGUUCUUUGACUCCUGCGGGUCCAUCAAAAUGCUGGCUGCUGGUUCAAACACGUCGGCGGCGCUAACUGAGAGUGGUGAGCUCUUCAUGUGGGGGGACAACUCAGAAGGUCAAGUUGGCUUAGGGAAGGAGAGCCAUGCCUGCCUGCCACAGGAAGUCAGUGCUGGACAGCCCAUCAAAUGGGUAUCCUGCGGGUAUUACCACUCCGCUUAUGUGACAGAGGAUGGAGCUUUGUACACAUUUGGGGAACGUGACAGCGGUAAACUGGGCCUGGGAACAGACCAGCUUCCUCGGCAUCGAGUCCCUCAGCUGUUGAAGACCAUCCCUGACCCUGUCACUCAGGUGGCAUGUGGUGGCGGGCACACAGUGGCCAUCACAGAGAACGGCAUUUACACCUUUGGCUUGGGUCAGUUCGGUCAGCUGGGCCACGGCACUUUCAUAUUUGAGUCCCCGCUACCACGCCCUAUAGAGCACUUUAAGAAAGGCAGAGUGUCCCAAGUGGCCUGCGGAGAAAACCACACCGCUGUCAUCACAGACAGCGGCCUGCUCUACACAUUUGGCGACGGUAGACACGGAAAACUGGGUCUGGGAGAAGAAAACUUCACAAACCAGUUCAAGCCAACUGUCUGUCCACGCUUCCUUAAGUGCCACGUCCAGGAAGCUGUUUGCGGCGGCUGUCACAUGGUGGUGCUGGCUCGACCCAGGGAUGCCAGCCACAGCAACGUCUUGCUGGAGGACAACGAUGUGGCCGAGGAUUACCUGGAGAGGCCAUAUGUGGAGCUACUGGGAGACACCACAGACACCUCCACCUUGCAAAGGAGCGGCCCGGCCCGUGUCCGCCGGAGGGAGAGGGAACAAUCACCGGACCAGUUUGGAACCAUGUUCAGUACGCUGAACACUAUGACAUCAGGCUUCCUGCAACCACCGCUUCCUGUCUCCGGCAACGCCAUCUCACCCAGUCCGCCUUCAUCAGAGCUGGCCUGCAGAAAGGUGCUCCAUAGCGCUCAUCAACACGGCAACGCUGGGUCAAUCGGCAAGGAACUGGUUGCCGGCAAGUCUGACAACCUUGUGGAGAGCCUGAGUGACACAGACAGCGUGAAAGGUUUGGGAGAAACCACCAACUUUCUUAACAUGACACAUGUGAUGAAGAUGGACCCUGGAAAUAAAACCCUUAUACUUUCUCCAGUUCACAAGAAGAAGGGUAAGGAUGGUAAGACUUUAACCAGUCGGAAAGAGAAACCAUUAAAAGAUAGAAAGGCACCCACCAAGCUUCUGAGGAGCCCAAGCAGUCACUCCCAGCAGAUGACGACCAAGCAGAACAAAGAGAAUCAUAUCACAGCCUCUGAGAAGCCCAGGGACAUCAGGAAGGCACCAUCUAGACAGCAGCUCCAGGCAGGGGCCUUCAGGAGUCGGCAAAUUGAUGCUGACAGGAAACUGGAACCAGACUGCAAAGCCACUUCUGGAAAACGUGUGCGAGGUCAAAGCAAACUGACCACAGUCACGAGUCAGUCACCAGCCUUCACUUUAGAAGAUGCACUUGAAAGGAGUCCUCAGGAAAAUAAUAACUCACAAUCCAAUACUAUUUUCUCCAGUUAUGCCAAAGCAUCAAAGAAGGAGAAAAACAAAAAAGAAGCCAAGUCCAAUAACUGUGAAGAAGCACAAAGUUUGCACCUACUUGCUGGAGCUGCUUCUUUAGUCCAGGGGGUCGCGGCAUUCAGCUCACCGAGCAGCCACCAAGGAACCACAGACACAGUCACCCCAUCAGCCGGCAGGAAAUCUAACCAAAGCCUCAGCAGCAGUCCUGCCACGGAAAGUCAAAGAGGAAGACAACAAAUGAAGGACUCUCUUGCUCAGGAUCAGGAGGAGGAAGACCAAUAUGGGCAGACAAGUACAGAUGCAAGUGAGGAAGAGGACGAACAGAAAGGAAAGGGAUCAAGUGCGGAUACGAGCGAAGAUGACGAAGAGCAGAAAGGAAAAGGAUCAAGUGCGGAUACAAGCGAGGAAGAGAAAGAGCAGAAAGGGAAAGGAUCAAGUGCGGAUACGAGCGAGGAAGAGAAAGAGCAGAAAGGGAAAGGAUCAAGUGCGGAUACAAGCGAGGAAGAAGAAGAAGAGAAAGCGAAGGGAUCAACUACAGAUGCAAGUGAGAAAGACGAAGACCAGGACGAGAAGGAGUCAUGUACUAAUGAAAGUGAAGAGGAGGAGGAGGAGGAGGUCAGUCAGAAAAAAGUGACAGAUGACGAUGACAGCGACACUCUUCAACCAGAUGAAAAGUCAGGAAGUGACGACGAAGAAGAAGGCGAAAGUGCUCAAGAAGAAGAAGAAGAAGAAGAUGAAGAAGAAGAGGAGGAUGAAACAUCUGUAAGGGAAAGUGAGAAUGGAAAGAAAGAUAGCCAAGGGGGGACUAUCACAGAAGAGACUGAGGGAGAGUCCAGCCAUGAAUCAGGGAGUGAAGAGGAAGAGUCUGAAAUUGAUGGAAGUGAGGAAGAAAAGGACAGCAAAGAAGAAGAUUCUGUGUCUUCGGAGGGCAGGGAGGAAGAGGAGGAAGAGGAGGAAUGUUCUGAGGAAGCAGAAAGCGACAAUGAAACUGAAGAAGAAGAAGAAGAAGAAGAGGAGGAGGAGGAGGAGGAGGAGGAGGAGGAGACGACAGAAAAAGAAGAGCAGAGCGAGGAGGAAGAAAAUGAAGAAGAUGACGAAGAAGAGGAAAACGAUGAGGAAGAGGACAAAAAAGAAGAUGAAGGCGAAGAAGAAGAAAAUGAGGAAGAGAGCAAAGAAGAGCAAGAAAGUGAGCAAGAUGAGGAAGAAGAAGAAGAGGAAGAAGAAGAAGAAGAAGAAGAGGUUGUCAAAAAGAAAAAGUCUGCUGAUGUCAGAAGUGUGAAAAAAUCAGGGAGACCAAAGUCAGGGGUCAAAGGUCAUGGAGGUGAAGAGUUCUGGGAUGAUGUUCUACCUCAGUACCUCAACCUGAAAUAAGUACUCCUUCCAUUUGAGUGCACUCAGACAUUGUACACACGGUACUAAAGGAAGUACUCUUGGAGUGCUGGGACACUAAUGUUGUGUUUGUGAUAAAUGUGCUUUUCUUGUGGUGUGACAUGCUUUUCAUACUGUUCAAUAAAUGCCACUAAGUGGUGUCAACAUUCA